AUGGUUAAGGAGGGAAUCGUUUUAGGACACAAAAUUUCUGAAAAAGGGAUUGAAGUAGACAAGGCAAAGGUUGACCUAAUUGCUAAUCUUCCACCUCCCAAGUCCGUUAAGGAAAUUCGCUCUUUCCUUGGACAUGCGGGACUUUAUCGUAGAUUCAUUCAGGAUUUUAGUAAAAAGGCUCGACCUUUGACCAACCUUCUAGCUAAGGAUGUCAAAUUCGAGUUCACAAGAGAGUGUGUUCAUUCCUUCAAAGGCCUUAAGAGAGAAUUGACUUCGGCCCCGAUCAUGAAGUCUCCCGAUUGGAGUCAACCUUUUGAGCUCAUGUGUGACGCAUCCGAUUAUGCCAUAACAGCGGUUUUAGGACAACGAAUAGAUAAGAGGCCUCAUGUCAUUUACUACGCUAGUAAAACUUAA